CUGGGAAACAUGCUAUUAAAUUAGCAAAUUGAAGAUUUAACAAGGCGGACUGAAUUUGUCCCGAAGCAAAAUCGUGUCUAAACGGUCAAAUCAAAAGAAGAUCUUGUGAUAAAGGUAUAGAGUUGAAGGCUUUACAGUUAUAGCACACUUUUUUAACAAAAAAUGGCGACGAGACGGAGUGAAAGACGGGUCACACGAUCUACAAGUACGAACACAGUGACUCGGCCAAAUCCAGAAAAUGAGAAUCUUACAGACAUGAAAACAGAAUUACAACAGACUGAGAUUCGAUUUAGAAAAGCGUGUAAUCAAAUCAACUUAUUAAAUAGGAAAAUGGAAAGUAUACACAAAAGAUAUAACUGUGCCAAGAAGAAUAAUCAUCGUGUGUUCCGAUAUAAACUACGACUAAGGUUAGCUGUGGUAGAAGGACUUAGAAACAUGUACUACGAAUAUGCAAAUAAAAAGGCAUCAAGAGUUGUAGAACUGAGACGUGAACUUUUUAACGAGAAUGUUGAAGUAGUAGAACAAGAGGACAGUGAUUACGAGGACUCGGAAAUGGACGAGGCCGAUUGAAAACAAGGGAGAUAAUCUGUGAUAUAUAUAUGUGACAUCUAGUGCUAAAAUUUUGAUGACAGCAAGGCUGUUGCUGAAAGCACUGCUUGUCCCAGCUUGUGAUCUCCAGGCUCUAGGAAGAAGAUAGCCUUACUUGCCAUGUGCAGAGUUUAUAGCAAACUUGAAAAAGCAAUGUUCUUAAUGUGAUUCAAGAUUAAUAACUUUAUCAACGCCCGAAUCAUGAAAAUAUUUCAGACAAUAUUUGUGUUAUAUAUUUUUUUCGUUUUCAAGUUUCGAUUUAGGAAUUGAAACAGUUUAUCAAAAUAUUUUUUUAGGAAGAAAAGCCUGAAUUAUAAAUAAAGAAUUUUGCAGCAGAACCCUUCCAUUGCCAAUUUUGUACAAUGGACUUGAUAUGCUUACGAUAUGGAACUGUCUAUUUUAUUUCAAAGGGGUUCGUUAUGAAAAAAGUUAAAAGUAAAAAAGAGCAUUUGGCAGAAGUCAGUACAGAGGCUGGACUCUUUGUGCUGAACUUUUUGAUAAAAUAACCUAUGAAACACUUGAUCAGAGUCAUAUUUCAUAUCCACAACUUGUCACUCAGUUUUUGAAAAAUCAACAACAACAUGUAUUAUUAAAAGUUACUCCCCUGUUACAUAUUUUCAUUAAUUACAUUAAGUUAUUAAUGUCUCAACUUGUUUAUGUCUAGGCACAUAGGAUAGAAGA